AUGGCGGCAGGCAGGCUGGAGACGGACGCUCGUAAGAGCCGAGACAGUGAAUCCCACGUUGAUGAAGAUGCAAACGAAAAUGAGGAGGAAAUGCCAAAUUUUAGCGACCCUGAAGACUUUGUUGAUGAUGUUACGGAUGAAGAAUUGCUGGGUGAUCUUUUGCGCAAGAAACCAAAGCCAUCGGACAGCGUUGACUCUGUGAUCAUUGUGGACUGCAUUCCCCAAGUAGGGAAAGAUCGUUUGGAAAAACUGAAGAAUGUUAUCAAAAAGCUGUUCUCCAAAUUUGGUAAUGUGGUGAACACCUUUUAUCCUCUUGAUGAAGAAGGAAACACCAAAGGGUAUAUGUUCUUGGAGUUUUCAUCUCCUCAGAAUGCUCAUGAGGCUGUCAAGAUGACCAAUGGCUACAAGCUAGACAAACAGCAUGUCUUCAAAGUCAACCACUUUUCAGAUUUUGAGAAGUACGUAAAUAUACCCGACGAAUGGGUACCCCCUGAUCCAAAACCAUACCAAGAUCUGGGCAACCUCCGCAGCUUCCUUCUGAACAAGGAAUGCUAUGAUCAGUUUAGUGUCAUCUACGGUGAAGGAGAAAAGACUGCCAUCUUCAUGAACAGUCCAGAACCAUCGAAGGUUGAAGAAAGAGCACGGUGGACAGAGACAUACGUCAGAUGGUCUCCUCAAGGAACUUAUCUGGCCACAUUUCACCAGAAAGGUAUUGCUUUAUGGGGUGGGCCAAAGUUCUCUCAGAUCAUGAGAUUCAGUCACCCUGGAGUUCAACUUAUUGACUUCUCGCCAUGUGAAAAGUACUUGGUGACGUUCAGCCCUAUGCAAGACAGCCAUGAAGAUCCACAAGCCAUAAUUAUCUGGGAUAUAAGAUCGGGUGUCAAGAAAAGGGGCUUUCACUGUGAGAGCAGAAGCACCUGGCCAAUUUUCAAGUGGAACUACAAUGGUGACUAUUUUGCAAGGAUAGGUGAAGAUGCUAUUAGUAUAUAUGAAACUCCAUCAUUUGGUCUGAUGGAUAAAAAGAGCUUGAAAGUGCCAGCUGUCAGGGACUUCACCUGGUCUCCCACUGAUAACAUUAUAGCCUACUGGGUGCCCGAGCAGUCCAACACUCCUGCCCGUGUCACCUUGAUAGAGAUUCCUAGCAGAAAUGAAUUGUGUGUGCGUAACCUGUUCAAUGUGGCAGAUUGUAAGAUGCACUGGCAGAAGAGCGGAGACUACUUGUGCGUCAAAGUCGAUCGCUACAAGGCCAAGAAAAUUGACGAUAAGGAUCAAGUCAAAUACAGUGGUAUCUACUACAAUUUUGAGCUGUUCCGCAUCCGAGAAAAGCAGAUACCUGUAGACAAAGUAGAGGAGAAAGAGCCGGUCCUAGCAUUUGCCUGGGAACCUGUAGGCAACAAGUUUGCAUACAUCCACGGAGAAGCACCCAGAAUCAGUGUCACCUUUUACAACAUUCAGCCACGUGGCCGAGUUGAGCUGAUUAAAACCCUGGAGAAGCGAUCUGCAAACCACCUCUUCUGGAGCCCAAAUGGUCAAUUCAUUGUCUUGGCUGGUCUAAGAAGCAUGAACGGUGUGUUAGAGUUUGUGGACACACAGGAUAUGACCAUCAUGACCCAGACAGAGCACUUCAUGGCCACGGAUGUUGAGUGGGACCCGACUGGCAGAUAUGUUGUCUCAGCUGUUAGUUGGUGGGGACACAAGGUGGACAAUGGCUACUGGCUGUGGAAUUUUCAGGGCAUACUUCAGCACAAGCAGCCCCUUGAGAAAUUCUGUCAGUUGCAGUGGAGGCCACGCCCACCAUCGCUGCUGAGUGAGAAUAGGAUUAAGGAAAUCAGAAAGAACUUGAAGACCUGGGCACAGAAGUUUGAGAUGGAAGACAACAUGAGGAAGAUGACAGCAUCCAAAGAUUUGUUAGACAAGCGCCGGAAGCUUAUGGAGGACUAUAGAACCUAUAGAGAGGAAAAAGAGAAGGAAUUUGCCAAACUUAAGCCAGUCCGCCUGGAAUUGCGCUCAGGUGUCGACACAGACGAGCUCCACAGUCAGGAGGAUAACUACACUGAAGAAACUAUUGAAUUCUUGGUCAAAGUGGAAGAGAAGGUGGUCGAAGAGUAG